AUGGACCCUGCCAUUGCUACAUACGUCGAGCAAAUAGGGUUUGAAAAGUGGGCUCUUCCUUAUUGUCCAGGCGAUCGGUACAACAUAAUGACAAGCAACGCUGCCGAAAGCUUCAACAAGGUGACAGAAGAAUUCAGAAAAUAUCCAGUAACUAUUUUGGUUGACUUCAUCAGGUUCACACUUCAAAAUUGGUUUGCUUCUCGUCUCGAAAAGGCUAGUAAGUGCGCUACUCCUUUGGCUACUACUUUUGAAAAUGAUUUAAAGGAUCAACACAAAGAUGGUAUGUUCAGGAGUGUCCUUCGUAAUGGUGCCCAAUUGUUUAACGUUGGUACGAGUCCUCAAGGUGAGAGAGGUGGUGAUGUGAACUUAGUGGAGAGAACAUGCACUUGCAGACUUUUCCAAACGCUCAAAAUCCCUUGUCCCCAUGCAUGUGCUGCAGCAGUUAGUCAGAAUGUGAGCGUGUACACACUUUACUCUCCAUAUUACACUAAAGAAACGUGGAAGAAGAUCUACGAUGCCACAAUUAAUAUUGUUGGCGAGGAGGAUGAGUGGGUAUUACCGGAACAUAUCAAGAACAUAAGAAUCGGGGUACCAGUGGAGAAAAAACCAGUAGGUCGACCUAGGAAGAGCAAUGCAGGUAGAAGACCGACGAAGCGUCAACCGUCUAGUGGUCAGGUGGUAGUGGAACCUCGUCAUUGUUCGCUAUGUCACGGUUCAGGGAACAACAGAGCUACAUGCAAAGCUCGAGUUUGA